GGGACUGGGGAGGACAAUAAAUUUAAAAGGCAAGAUGGUGGAAUUUUUUGUUUUGAUAAACAAAAGAAAAUAGCUCGAUAUACUUUAUCAUGAUCACUGGAAGAAUACUACAGAAAUUUUUUCUAAGAUGUGAACGUUUUAGUAAUUUCAAGGCAAGUAUAAAAAUAGACAAAAUUUAAACUGAAAUGAUAAAUUUAAUGCGUACAUUUUAUAUAUUUUGUAUUUUUAAAUAUGUUUCGUAUAGAUGAUUUGUACGCAGCAAAAGUUACGAAAUUUCACGACAGCUUUAUCAAAUUGUUCUUCUUAUCCCAGUUAUGUUAAAGUCGUUGAGGUUGGCCCUCGAGAUGGCUUGCAAAACGAAAAGGUUGUAUACUGAUUACCUAGAAAUUCUAUUAAUGACUAAUUAAUUAUGUUUAUAGUCAUUAGAGGGGUUGGGCGAUUAUUGGGCCAUUCCAUUUAGUAUAGGCACCCCCUCCCCUAUUGAGGGGUCCCUUCAUGUAAUCCCCUUAGUAAUCCCAUAUAAAAAAUUUGAAACCCCCUUGGAUGCAAUUUAUGGAAGUUACCUCAGAGGAUAUCUUAUUAACCCCUUUAGGAUGUCGCUUUUCCCCUCCUGGACAUCACUAAAACACCUAUAAAUUUUUGCCAUUUUUAAAAAAUAUCUCCAGCUACCCUCUUGGAAAAUUUAAGUAAUUAUAAGAAUGCACAUAGUUUAUCUUGACAAAUGAUUUGUGUAUGUGGUUAAUAUGGCACAUUAGAUGAACUAGGACAUGACUUCUUGUAGGCAUUUAUUCCAACCGAAUCCAAAAUCAGGUUUAUUGACAUGCUGUCACAGUCGGGACUUCCUGUGGUUGAAGUGACGAGUUUCGUCUCACCAAAAUGGGUGCCACAGGUUAGAUACCUUCGUAGUGCAUCGUUAGUUAUUAACGAGGCUUGUCAGUUACUAAUGAGGUUUGCUGCAAAAUGCUGAUUAAUGCUUUUCUAGAUGAUGGACCAUAGAGAAGUCAUGCAAGGAAUCCAUAAGAAUCCACUGGUGUCCUAUCCAGUUUUGACCCCCAACAUUCAAGGAUUUGAUGCUGCUGUAAGUACUCAAAUAUUCAGACACUGAUGUCCAGUGAUAUAAGCAGAAUACUGGAAUAUGUAAAAGAUGUGAAAGACUUGGCUCUUUGAUUUUAAUGCCUAGGUAGAAUCUGGUGCGGAAGUUGUAGCAAUUUUUGGAGCUGCUUCAGAAACCUUUAGCAGGUAUAGUUGUCAUCUUAAAGCCAAACCCGCUGUGGACAAUAUCUGAAUAGACAAUUUAUUGAUACCUAUUUUAGAACAAAUUUGAAUUGCUCAAUAGAAGAAAGUUUGAAACGCUUUGAGAAAGUUUGUGAAGCAGCAUUGAAGAAGAUGGUCAGAGUACGAGGGUACUGAUAAGAACAUUUGCAUUAGAAGAAUUUUAAUUAGAAGAUCAAAUUUUAAUUUUAAAACCAAGUAAUUAAUUCAGUACAAUUUUUAUAUUAAUUCCACUCUAUAAAUUUGAUCUUAAUUAGGUAUGUUUCGUGUGUUGUUGGUUGUCCUUAUGAGGGCGAAAUCAAACCAGAAGCUGUAACAAGGGUAUUGUAAUUUCUCAGGUUAAUUGGCCAUUGAAGAAAACACCAAUUAUACUAAUUAUCUGCAAUUAAUUUGGGAUACUUUUAGCUAACGAAGUCCCUUGUGGAUAUGGGGUGUUAUGAAGUGUCGCUUGGAGACACAAUUGGUGUUGGAACGCCAGGUUAGUCAACUUAGUUAUCAAGGUGAACACACUUCAUUAAUUAGUAGUUAACGAGGUUAGUUAACGAGGUGAAUGCACAACAUUGGUAGUUAACGAGGUGGACAUGCCUUGUCACUUAACAAGGUGAACAUGACGUAGACUCAUUACGGUAGUUGAGGAGACCAGCAUUCUUUGUUAGAUAAUAAGGUAAACACACAUUGUUAUGUACUUAACAAGGUGAACAUCUGAUUAGUUAACAAGGUGAGCAUCUUUGUUAGGCAACAAUGUAAAUGCUCCUUUUUAAUGUGAGCCUGCAUUGAUUGAUUAACAAGAUUAAUGUGGUAAAUAUCAAAUCUUUUAGUCAUGAUUGAUUCAUUUAGGAUCGAUGGAAAAAAUGUUAGAGGAUGUCACAAAAGUGGUACCAGCAUCUCGGCUGGCAUUACAUUGUCAUGAUACGUACGGCCAAGCUUUAUCCAAUAUUUUGACUGGACUGAAGGCAAGCUAGCUUAAUUUCACCAUCUUGUUAAUGAGAUGACAUAUUAUUAAAUGAACAAGGACCUGUAUUUCACAACUUUGUUUUUAAUAAUUUUAGUUUGGUAUAGCGACAGUUGAUUCGUCAACAAGCGGCCUUGGUGGUUGUCCUUAUGCAAAAGGCGCUUCAGGAAAUGUUGCAACCGAAGAUGUGAUCUAUAUGUUACAUGGGAUGGGCAUUGAAACUGUAAGACACAGCAGUGUUUUCAUUCUAUACAUUUUAAAUAUAACCCACUGAGUCGCAGCACUAAAAUCAUCCGAUUCAUCUGAGACAUAGCCUACAUCUAGGUUUGUAGAGUUAAAGCUCUAAAUGGACAGUUCCAAACUGGAAUACCCAAAGAAAAUCUGCAGUAUUUGGAAAGUCAAACUGGAAGACUCUUCUCACAUGUAGCAGAGGCAAAAUCAUAAUCAUACAACUUCAUUGCAAGAUUGAAGGUUUCACUAGUCAUAAUUGGGCAGAUAGUCUGAUUAAUCCAUUGAGUACCAGCACUCUCUUCUUGAUCAGUAAAAUCGUCUGGCAUUAGACAGAGUAAGUUAAUGAAGUAGGGCACAUUGGGGCACAAUACAACUCAAUGGGUUAAGCUUGUUCUUUUAUUCUAGGAUGUCAACUUGGAGCAAGUCAUUGAAGCAAGCAAUUAUAUUUCAACGUUUCUCAAAAGACCCCCUGCGUCAAAAGUUACUGUGGCUUAUAACAGUAAAUUGUGACACCAAUGAGGAAAUUAGUCUUAAAACGACUGCAUGAAACUAUAAAGUAUAGUCUCAGUGUACAAUUCUGCAACAUGAGCUAGUCCAGCUGUGUAGGUGAUAUUCCACAAUAGGCUGCCGUGGUUUGUGUCUGAACUACCUGAAAAAGAUUCAUUAUCCCAGAACUGUGUCAAAACCUAAUUUCUGUGGGCCAUGUACAAACUUAACAUUAGCUGAAAUCAAUCUCUGUUUAAUGAAGAUGCUUUAUUGUCAAAGAUUUACAGACAAAUGGUAGAGCAAAAUAUAGUUCAUAAACAACGCUGACAAAGUCAGUUCAAUCCUCGACACAUCUCUUGGCAUUCAAGCAAUAUUUCAACCCAACAAAAACGUCUACUAAUUAAUCUUUCUUGUCUUCAACUUCUCGCAUAGUUUCGAUGAUUUUAUUUUUCAUCUUCUUUGAACGUUUAAUUGCAUCUUCGUGUUUCUUGAUGCUUUCUUGAUGCAUCUGUAUUUCGUCUUCAUGACUUUUGACAGACUCUCUGUGAUGGUCGCGCAACGCUUGUAACUGUUCUUGUUGCUACAAAAUACAAGUGCCUAGGGUUAGUCUGUUGUCUCACAGGUGGG